GCGCAGUGAAGUGAGGCAGGAGCCACAUUUCUCAUUUGGUCGUCUUCCCGAAAAGGGGAAAAAUUAGGGCACUCAAUUUCAGUUACCGCCAUUGAAAUCGAUCGAAGCUAAGCAUGGGUCGGAAGAAGGGAUAUGUAAUGCCCCAUGAUCAGCCGGACGACUUCGAUCCGGAGAAUCCCUACAAGGACCCCGUCGCCGCUCACGAGAUGCGCGAGUACCUCAUCCAGGAGCGUUGGAUCGGCAUCGAGAAGGCCAAGAUCCUCCGGGAGAGGCUCAAGUGGUGCUACCGCGUCGAGGGGGUCAACCAUCUCCACAAGUGCCGCCACCUCGUCAAGCAGUACCUCGACGCCACGCGCGACGUCGGCUGGGGGAAGGACAAUCGCCUCCACGCCAUUUACGGUCCGAAGACUGAGGAGGCGCCUGCUGAGUGACUUGUUCGUGGCGACGUUACUUCGAGCUUCUGAAUAAUUUCAGGUAUUUAAAGUUUUUCAAGUAUGCAAUGCUGUGGACAGACAGCAACGAGGUGUUUUUGUUGAAUUAUCAGCCUGUAGCCCAGUUGAACUGUUGCCCUGUAUGUCUUUUAAUUUCAGAAAUUCAAGGGCGAAAAGGGGGUGAUGAAUCAUUUAAAUUUUACUUGUGGAUUUUUCUUUUUUGUACUUGUGAGAGUUUUAUACUUAAUAAUAAAUGCCGAAAUGAUGCCAUAACAUUUUCUUCUA